CUCAUCUCUCUCUCAUCUCCUUCGUUCACCCAUCUUCCUUUCAAAAUCUCGUAUCUAAUACACUUUGAUCUUCAUAGUUCCAUCAUCUUCUCUGAUUAACGGAAUUGAUGCACUUGCUGUAAAGCGGAUAUGAAACGGCGUAGAAAGGGUGGCAGAGGCGGUGGUGGUAGGAGUAGAAUUGCGAAGGAAGAUGAGGGUGAAAUUGCGGAUAUUUUGAUCAAUCUACCGGAUGUAGUUGAGCAAUCGGAGUUGAUAAAUAAAUCCACUUUUACCUGGGACCGGAAGAAGAAAAGAUCUGUGUUGGCUUCGACAUCGAAAGCGUCACCGGAGGAAGUAAGGGCGGCGGAAGAUGAUGAUGAAGGGCCUUCAACGACGCUUUGUUUAUUACGCAGUGGUACCGGAAACGACGGUGCUGCUGAGAGCCCUAAACAACAGUCAUCUUCGAAGAAAUUAUCAAAGAGAAAGGCAACAGAUGAUUUGAUUCAGAGAUACAAUGAAAUGCAAAAAGAAAUCAUGGCAAGGAGGAAAAUAGAAGCCAUGGAUAGCAGAAAAAUAAGAACGAUGAAACGUCAGAAAAUAAGAGCCACGGAUACCCUACAUGAAAAACGUAGAGCUCAAAAUCUGCAGUUAGAAGCAAAAAGACUGGAGUUGAAAGCAAAAAAACCAGCUAAAAAUCUGGGGUUGGAUGCAAAAAUACUGGAGAUGAAAGCAAAAAGACAAAAGAUAGAAAAGAGAAAAAUGGAUGCCCCUCCACCACCACCCCCACCACCAUCCCCACCAGCAAAAAGACGGGAGUUGAAAGCAAAAAAACGAGGUCAAAGUCUGGGGUUGGAUGCAAAAAUACUGGAAGUGAAAGCAAAAAGACAAGAGAUAGAAAAGAGAAAAAUGGAUGCCCCUCCACCUCCACCACCACCACCACCACCACCACCACCACCAUCCUCACCAGCAAAAAGAGUGGACUUGAAAGCAAAAAAACGAGCACCACCACCACCACCACCACCAGCAAAAAGAGUGAAAUCUAAAAGACAAGAGAUAGAGAAGAGAAAAAUGGAUGCCCCUCCACCACCACCACCACCCCCACCCCCACCCCCACCACCAUCUCCACCAGCAAAAAGACUAGAGUUGAAAGCAAACAAACGAGGUCAAAAUUUGGGGUUAGAUGCAAAAAUAUUGGAGGUGAAAGCAAAAAGACAAGAGAUAGAAAAGAGAAAAAUGGAUGCCCCUCCACCUCCACCUCCACCUCCACCACCACCACCACCACCCCCACCACCACCACCAGCAGCAGCAGCAGCAGCAAAAGGACUGGAGUUGAAACCAAAAAAACGAGAAAAGAGAAAGAUGGAUGCCCCUCCACCACCACCACCACCCCCUCCACCACCACCCCCACCAGCAAAAAAACAGGAGUUGAAAGCAAAAGUACUUAAGGCGAAAGCAAAAAGACAAGAGGUCCUUCCACCACCACCACCACCCCCACCCCGACGACCACCACGGCCACCACCACCAUCUACACGACCACCACGUCCACCACCACCACCACCACCACCACCACAACAACAACAACAAUCACAACAGCAUUUUCAAAAGUUUUGGGUAAAUCCCAACAAUGGCAAAGUGGUGGCAAUCACUUGCUCCAAUAAUGGUAACAUUGUUGGUAGAUCUGGUUCUGCUAAUGUGGUUGAUCCACUUGUCCAUGUUCACUAUGUAAAAACUCGUGAUCAACAACAUAUUACCAGGCCUGCCCCUCCACCACCACCACCACCACCACCAUCACCACCAUCAUCAUCCGUGGCAGGUUCCAAGAAAAGCAAAAUGGUGGCGGUGACACAGUCCAGUAUCAGUAACCUUGGUGGUAAUGGUAGAUCUAGUUUUGUGAAUAUGGUUGAUCCACGUGGCAAGAUUCAUUUUGUAAAAGUCAAUCGCAAUCAUCAACAAAUUACCAACUCUGCCCCUCCACCACCACCACCACAACAACAAUUACAGCAGCCUUGUCAACACUCUACACUAGAUCCCAACAAUGGCAAAGCGGUGGCAGUGACUCAUUCCAGUAACAGUGGUGGUGUUGGUGAUCCAGCUGGCAACAUUAAUUCUGUAAAACCAAAUCGUUAUCAACUACAAUAUCAUCGGAAAAGAUUCAAGUUUGCCCCUCCACCACCACCACCACCACCACCAGUAGAUCCCAACAAUGACAAAGUGGAGGCGCCGACUUGCGCGUGUAACAGAAAUACCAGCUCUGCCCCUCCACGGCCGCCACCACCACCACCACCACAAUUUAUGGUACAGCCCAACUAUUUAUGGUACAUCCCAACCUGGUACGCCCCGGUAGAGGCGAGGCCUUGGUCUGCCCCUCCACCACCACCAACACCACUGCCACCGCCAGUACAGAAGAAUCGUAAACAAUCUAUGCUGCAUCCCAAUAAAGGCAAAGGCGAAGUGGUGCAACUGACUAACAAAAUUACAAGGCCUGCCCCUCCACCACCACAACCACCAACACUAGUGCCACUGCCAUGGCUACUACCAGAAAAGAAGAAUCGUAAACAAUCUGUGCUGCAUCCCAACAAAGGCAAAGGCAAAGGCAAAGUGGUGCAACUGACUCGCUCCAAAAACAAAAUUACAAGGCCUGCCUCUCCACCACCACAACCACCAACAAUAGUGCCACUGCCAUGGCUAGAACCAGAAAAGAAGAAUCGUAAACAAUCUAUGCUGCAUCCCAACAAAGGCUCCAGUAACAGAAUUAUAAGGCCUUCCCCACCUCCAUCAACAUCUUUACCCCCACACCCAACACCACCAUCAAAAUCUUUACCCACACACCCAACACCACCACCACCACCACCGCCACACCGUCUUCUUUAUCCCACCCCACCCCUACCACCACCAUCAACAUCUUUACCCCAACACCCAACACUACCAUCAAAAUCUUUACCCCCACACCCAACACCACCAUCAUCAUCAUCACCACCACCACCACCACCGCCGCCAUCAAUAUCUUUACUCCCACCCCCACCCCCACCACCGCCGCCAUCAACAUCUUUACCCCCACUCCCACCACCGCCGCCAUCAACAUCUUUACCCCCACUCCCACCACCACCGCCGCUAUCAACAUCUUUACUCCCACCCCCACCACCACCACCGCCGCCAUCAACAUCUUUACCCCCAUCACAACUAUCAACAUCUUUACCCCCACUCCCACCCCCAUCACCACCAUCAAAAUCUUUACCCCCACUCCCACCACCACCACUGCCGCCAUCAACAUCUUUACCCCCACUCCCACCCCCAUCACCACCAUCAAAAUCUUUACCCCCACCACCACCACAGCCGCUGCCAUCAACAUUUUUAUUCCCACUCCCACCUUCACUUCCACCCCCACCAUCAAAAUCUUUACCCCCACCACUGCCACCAUCAUUGUCACCACAACCACCACUACAACCAUCAUUACAGCCAUCACUACAGCCAUCACAGCAGCACUGUCAAAAAUCUAUGGUAGAACCCAAAAAAGGAAAAGUGUUCACUAGCACAAGUAGGAGACUUACCAUGUUGCAAUUUUUACCCCACCACAACAGCCCUCCACCACCACCAUCAAAAUCUUUACCCCCACCACCGCCACCAUCAUUGUCACCACAACCACCACUACAACCAUCACUACAGCCAUCACAGCAGCACUGUCAAAAAUCUAUGGUACAACCCAAACAAAGAUAUAGGAGAAUUAUUCCCAAGCCGCCCUAUCCUCCACCACCACCACCACCAUCACAGCAGCACUGUCAAAAAUCUAUGGUAGAACCCAAAAAAGGAAAAGUGUUCACUCGCACCAGUAGGAGAAUUACCAUGUUGAAAUUUUUACCCCACCACGGCCCUCCACCACCACCACCACCAUCAACAUCAAAAUCUUUACCCCCACACCCAGCACCAGCACCAGCACCACCACCUGCAAAGUCUUUACCCCCACACCCAACACCACCACCAUCAUUACCCCCAGUCCCACCACCACCACCAUCAUCACCUCCACCAGCAACAACACCACCACCACCACCUCCACCACCACCACCACCAUCAUCACCUCCACCAGCAGCAGCACCAUCAUCACCUCCACCAGCAACACCAGCAGCACCAUCAUCAUCACAGCAGCAUUGUGAAAAGUCUAUGGCAGAUCCCAACAAAGGGAAUGUGGUGGGAGUGAGUUCCUCCUAUCAGUUGGAUCCACCUGGCAAAACUCAUGACAACCACAUUUGGUCUCAUGAUCCAAUCCUCAGAAGAGCAGCAGCAGCAGAUGCCAGAAGGUAUCGGAUUAUGAAGUUGAAAGAGAAAAACAAGGACGACAACAACAACAACAACAACAACAUCUCCUACUUUUUCCAUAAUGAUCCAAAUCCCAGAAGAGCAGCAGCUGCACGUGCUAGAAGGUAUCAGCUUAUGAAGUUGAAACAGAAAAACAAGGACAACAACAACAACACUUCCUCCUCUUUCCCUUUACUUAAUCAUGCAAGACCCAAUGUGAAUGCAGCAGCACUUGCUAGAAGGUUUCGGCUUAUGAGGUUGAAACAGAAAAACAAGGACAAGAACAACUCCUCCUCCUCUCUCCCUAAUGAUGAUCCAACACCCAAUGUGGAUGUGGAUAUUGAUCUAACCCCCAUUAACCCAGCAGCACUUGCUAGAAAGAUGAGGCUUUUAAGAUUGAAAGAGAAUGUCAAAAACAGGAACAAAAACAAAACACCCCAAAUUUAUGGCAAUGAUGUAAUCUCCGGUAACAAGAAGAGGAAAAACAAGUCUUUGUUAGCUCGCAAACUAGCAAAAGCAAAGAAGAAAAGGAGAAGGAGAAAGAAAGCAACGGAAGAAAAGCAACAAAUACCCUACGAUUUAAAAGUGGAUGAUCUGGUGAUGUUAAAGACUACGACGCGCUUCCCAGGAGAGAAUCCACGGGAGAACCAGAAACAGAAGCGGAAGCGGAAGCGGAAUCCUCUUCUUAACGGGUUCAAGUCAGAUGAGGAAGGGCCAUUGAGGAGACAUUUCCUCAUUAGCUCAAUAUUUUUACCUUUUUAGCAUAGCAGGCUAGGCUACGCUUGUAUAGAUAGUAAAUCCAUCGAUAUAAGUAGCUCAUUUGAUUAAGCUCAUAUGCAAAA